UAUUUGGAAGGGCGUGGAAAGCGAAAAGGACGGACAUUCAAAGUGAUUCCACUACCCCCCGAGAUCGACCGAGCCACAAUUCCAGGACGAAGCCAGUGGAAAGACGUCGGAAAGAACCAACAGAUUCGCCGAAUGUUCAUCUCUGGUGGAGUGUCGAUGUUCGCCGAGACAAUGCGUCCUUGUCUAGAGAAACAUCACGGACGAGUGCUGUCGUCGUUCUCCGAAGUGGUUAACAAAAGCAUUCCUUUCUGGGAUAAGCUUGCUGAAAUAGAUCGCGAAGGAUGGGCUGCCAGAGCUCGUGUAGAAAAGAAGAGCGAUCAUUAUAUUUAUAUACGCAAGGCACGCGAAAAAGGCUGCGGUGAACGAGAAGUGCUAAGUUUACAACUUAGCGACUGCGAAAGCGAUCCGGAUGAGCUACCCGGACAAAUAUGUGACGUACAAUCAGUGGAACGGCAUAUGGAAAUGUUGGAACGCAGUGAACCAGAAAGCAAUCCACCAUCAUCACCUGCCAACUCUCGCCCGGCGGCAGGGUCGGAAGAGAUUGUCACACGUCAAGAAACACCGCCACAUGUGUCGCUAGUAGCACGUUCUGCUACUCCUCCUCCAUCACGGGAAGAGAGCUUUGUACGUGUACGAAUGACCGUUCCACCGCAAUCUGCUCACCGUGCAGAAGUGCUGUACAACUGGACACCCGCUGAUCGAAGUCUUCGCUUUGAAAAAGAAGCGACUUGGCGAGGGAGUGAGCGCUAUCUUUCUCACAGCUCU